AUGUCUCUCAAUCUGGAGAAACAACUUGUCUUCUAUGGAGCAUACCACCAUAAUAAAGUCAACGUCGGGAUACAUCUGCUAUGUGUACCUCCGAUCCUGUUGACGUCUUUCCUACUGCUCACCAACACGCCUGCCGUCCCACUACCGUCAUGGCUCUCCGUACCUAAUCUUCCGCUCAACGUCGGCACGGUCGGAGCCGUCUUAUAUUCGACGUUGUACAUCCUCAUGGAGCCCGUCGCAGGUGCCAUGCUUGCUCCCAUCCUCAUCGGCGGCACCGCGUAUGCGAAUCACCUUACGUCGACGUAUGGCGCGACUGCCAACUCUUGGGCCGGCGCGAUCAACAUCGCAUGCUGGAUCGCCCAGUUUGUCGGACAUGGAAAGUUCGAAGGAAGAGCACCAGCGCUACUGGACAACCUUGUGCAGGCCAUCUUCCUGGCACCCUUCUUCGUAUGGUUCGAGAUACUCUUCAAGCUCGGCUACCGCCCCGAACUGAAGCGCCGAAUAGACCAGGCCGUUGACCUGGAGAUUCAGAAGUUCAGGAAGAGCCAGGAGAAGGGCCACAACGGCUCUGCGAAAUAA